AUGGUUAGAGGCGUCUGGUUUUGCGUCGCACUGACCAGAUUCGAUUGCAAGAUACUCCGGCCUGUCAUGUACAAUGUCUAUGAUAGAGUAACGAGUAAGGCGUCUGGCCCUGAUGUUGCAGUGACCUGUUUCGAAUUCAAACAACUCCCCGACAUUUUCACGCAAACAUCUUCGUGGCAACCAGCAACAGCAGCGACAACAACGAAAGACAAUGAAAAUAAAGACACAUUUAGCAGCUUUCCAAUACGUAAUAGGUUUAUAACUCACGAUAGGAACAAUAAUGAUAAUAAUAACAACAACUAUUACACUGACAACUACAACAAUAACAAUAAAAACAGUAACAAUGACAUUUACAACGGUAAAUAUAACGACUACGAUGUACAAAACAACAACAGUUACAUCGACAACAACAACAAAUACUACAACAACGACAACAACAACAUCAACAACAACGGUUACAUCAACUACAACAAUCUAUUUAACACUGACAUCAGCAAAAAUUUUGAUACCAACAACAACAACAACAACGGUUAUUUUAACUUCAACAAACGUUUCAACACUGACAUCAACAAACGUUUCGACAACAACAACAACGGUUACACCAACUACAACAAUCUAUUUAACACUGACAUCAGCAAAAAUUUUGAUACCAACAACAACAACAACAACAACAACAACAACGGUUUUUUUAACUUCAACAAACGUUUCAACACUGACAUCAACAAACGUUUCGACAACAACAACAACGGUUACACCAACUACAACAAUCUAUUUAACACUGACAUCAGCAAAAACUUUGGUACCAACAACAACAAUAAAAAUGGCUAUACGACCAACUUUGGAAAUCCAUUCGACCGCGAUAUAACCAAUACUCUUGGCAAAGACAUCUUUACUUACGGGAAUAAAAAGACAUUUUUUGGCGAUUUUCCAAAAACACCAACAAUAAAUUCACAUAAUAAUAAUAAUAAUAAUAAUUAUGGUGGUAGUAGAGGAGUCAUACCGUUAGGAACACCACUUUACGUUCAACUAUUUAUAGUUGUCGAUUAUUCUACAACCAAAAAAUGGAGGGAGAUAAAUCCGGAUGAUGGCGAGGAUGUUACGAAGUUUAAGAUCCAAAACUACCUGCUAAGCCUGAUAAAAGAAGUGAAUGAUCGUUAUAAAACUCUUGAAAACCUCAAUAUAACAAUGUUAAUCAGUGAAAUUUAUUUCAGAAAGUCAAUCAAAGACAAUAUAGAAACGACUAACAUAGCACCUCUAAAACACAGACAACAUUCAACAGAUAUAUUCAACGCCUUUUCUGCUGAUUCGGCUUCAGAGGACCAAUACGAUUUUUCUUCAGCUAAAAGUUCUUCGACCUUACUACAUGAUUUUGAGAUGUGGCUGUCCAGCGAAGCACCACUAACUCCAGACCGAGAUUAUGAUUUAGCCAUUUUACUUACUGACCAGAACAUGGAAGAGGUUUCUGGGAUAACAUUCGGGAAAUCCAUGUGCAGACCGGAAAAGAUGGGAGCUGUUAUCAGGGAUAUAGGACUCAUACAGGCCUCUGAUACUUUGGCACACGAAAUUGCACACACUCUAGGUGCAGUCCAUGACAGUCAAGUAGACCCAAGAAGCCGUGCAACAUGUAAUGAUGAUGACCAGUUCAUAAUGGCAUCUUUCAGGCUGCCCAUCGAGGGGGGCCUGAAGAUGAGGAACUCCGUCCGAUUUUCGACUUGCAGCUCGCAGCAGAUUGCUGCACACGUGACGGAAAUGAAUAAGAAGAAAACGAACUGCCUGCUAAAUAGGCCUUCGAAAUAUUACACUGGAGCUAAUAUACCAAGAAAUAUCAAGAUGACACGGGUUGGAGAGAUGCUUACUCCAGAUAAGCAGUGCAAAUAUGCCUACGGAAAAAAUUACGUACAUUGCCCGGCCAAUGAAAAAAUUAACCAAGUUUGCCAAACUUUGUGGUGUCUGUUGCCACCAAAUAUGAUGUGCCAAGCAAACGGAGUUACGAGAGGCGCAGAGGAUCGUACGGAGAACAAAAAAAACAACAAAAAUAACAACAACAACAACAAAAAUAACAACAACAAAAAAAACAACAAAAACAAAAGCAACAAACGCAAAAAAGGCAACAAAAAAAGCAAAAACCGCAAAAACAAAAGAUUCAACCAGAUCAGCAAAACUAGUCACAUCUUCACCAGUGGAAACAACACCGCGCACAAAGAAGGACAACUAAACACAACAACAACCCACACUUACAUCAACACAAACAACAACACGCAUGUCAACAUCAGUGGCAAAACAAUUAACGUCAUUACGAAAUUUAACGCUACUAACUAUACCCCAAAUCGGUCAAGAGCAAUUAACAACAAAAACACCAUUGCUACUACAAAUGCAAGUAUGGCCAACAAAAAAAUCACACCCAACACUAACAACAACAACAACAACAGAUUUUUAAAUGAAACAACAUCUUACAACAAGAAUGCACUUAACACGACAAAAACUAACAACAACAGUAGCCUCACAACAACAACAUUCAACAAGAAGUCGUCAGAUGUUUCUAAUAAAAAGGUCAAACCUAACAUGACAACAAAAACUAUCUCGAAUAAAAACACUCUUGCCACCAGGAAAAACUACAGCAAAGACAACAGCAGCAGCAGCAACAACAACAACAACAGCAACAACAACAACAACAACAGCAACAACAACAGCAACGACAACAACAACAAUAUAAUUGGCUUCACAAACAUCACUCUCACACAAAAAAACACCACCUACACCAACAACAGCGCGAGAGGUUCCGUGCUUCAAACUGACGAACAUAUACAGACUUCGGAAAAUAAAACGUUCACAGACGCUUACUCCAACUCCAACUCAACCUCGCCAAAAACCUCAACCAAAUCCAUUACAACCUCCACCAGCAGCUACUUCAACGUAAACCCUGAAGUUGAGGAAGAUUUUUGGCCCUCUGACGCAGACAAGUAUACAAACGUCGACGAUGACGUCAUAAAUAAACAUGAAAGUAACGGUGGUGACGUCACUGUUAAGAAUGAAAAAAAUGACAAUAUCAGUGAGAAAUCAAACGAUAAAAAAUAUAAAAAAGCGAAAAAGAAAUUCAAAAGUAAGACUAAAAGAGUCAGAAAUGGUAGCAGUAAUCGCAAAAAUGUGGAGUCGCCCAGCUUGCACGAAGACCUCAACAAAGCCAUCAACUUAGACGAAAUAGACCGAACUAGAAACAGAACCAACCCAAAAUAUAAAAAUAAUAACAAAAACAGAAAAAAAAAUAAAAAAACUCCUAAGACUAAAACUAAAAGUGUUAACAACCAAAGAAACGACAACAAAGAUUACAACAACAACAGCCGCAACAUUAACAACAACAGAGUAUCAGAUAACAAAAGCCUAAUAACUAAGAAAACAAAGUAA